AUGAUGCGGAAAGGGAUUGAUAAGAGUUCUGAAGAAUGGAAAUCAUCAACGAAACGCGAAACUCUUCUAGGAAUGGAGCAGGAACUAAGGAACCUCGUGGAAACAGCACCACUCGAUCAGAAAGAGGUUGUACAAAAAGAAUUAAAUUGUUUUCGGGAUUUGUUUUCACGUUUUCUGCGUGCUAAAACCACUAUCGAAUGGAAAAAAAUUCAACCGCUCCCCAAUAAUGCAAUUAUAUCCUAUAAAGAGUUGAAGCUGCAUGAUCCAAGCAAAGAUCUAGUAUCAAGUCACUUGAGCAAACUGGUGGUUGUAAAGUUAAACGGCGGCUUGGGCACAUCAAUGGGUUGUAAAGGUCCGAAAUCUAUGAUUUCAGUUCGAAAUGACCUGACAUUUCUCGAUUUAACAUUGCAGCAAAUUCAGAAUAUGAAUCGUACCUAUGACGUCAACGUGCCGUUGGUUUUGAUGAAUUCAUUUAAUACGGAUGAAGAUACGAAGAAACUGCUGAGAAAAUACAAAAAUGUGCAAGUUGAUGUGCACUCCUUUUGUCAAUCCAAAUAUCCGCGAAUAUUAAAGGAAUCACUCAUGCCAAUUGUCAAAAAUGUUUCCUAUAGUGAUCAUGAUGAAUGGUACCCACCUGGUCAUGGUAAUUUCUAUGAAGCAUUUUAUAAUUCAGGACUUCUGGACAAGUUUCUUCAGGAUGGAAAACAGUUCUGCUUCCUUUCAAAUAUUGACAAUAUGGGUGCGACGGUUGAUAUGAAUGUAUUAAAUUUCAUUGUGCAGGAAGUAAAUGGUCAGCAACCAGAAUUUGUAAUGGAGGUCACUGAUAAGACUAGGGCCGAUAUUAAGGGUGGUACACUGAUCCAGUAUGAGGAUCGAUUGAUGUUAUUGGAAAUCGCUCAAGUGCCAAAAGAUUAUGUUGAUGAGUUUAAAAGUGUAAGCAAAUUCAGAAUAUUUAAUACAAACAAUUUGUGGGCCAAAUUAAGUGCAAUCAAGAGAGUGGUUGAACGAAAAGAAUUGGAAAUGGAAGUGAUCGUUAAUCCAAAGCAUUUGGAUCGUGAUGUUGAUGUUAUACAGCUAGAAACUGCUGCUGGUGCCGCUAUCAAAAAUUUCAAAGGAGCAUGCGGAAUUAAUGUUCCUCGUUCGCGGUUUCUUCCUGUUAAAACGACCUCGGAUCUUUUAUUGCUUAUGUCAAAUUUAUAUGAAAUCUGCAAUGGUAACCUAACAUUAAGUCAUCUUCGUUCCUUCCCAACAACACCACUUGUCAAAUUGGGUAGCUCUUUUGACAAAGUACAAGAAUAUUUGAAACGUUUCCAGGGCAUCCCGGAUCUACUCGAAUUGGAUCAUUUAACAGUAUCUGGUGAUGUAUGGUUCGGCAAGGAUGUUACAUUAAAGGGUACGGUAAUAAUAAUAGCAAAUCAUGGUGAUCGUAUAGAUAUUCCACCAGGAACCAUUCUUGAAAAUAAAAUUGUUUCCGGCAAUCUCCGGAUUCUGGAUCACUGA